GACGCCGGCCAGGAGAGGUGGCCGCUGCAGGAUUAUCAGCUGUGCCUGAUGCCAACCCAGCUGUCUCUCUGCCUUGGCUGCCAAGGUCCGCCACCUCCAGGCCUUCCUCUCCUACCCCGUAGCCAGCAAUGACUCGGUGGGACCGGUCUUCUGUCCCACCACACUUCUAUCCACCUUGCUACCCAAGUCCUGCUUCUCGGUUGGCCAAUCGAUCUACACCAUGACAGAGUUUGGGCAGCGGGUUCCCGGCGGAGGAGGGCUGCGCGAGAGGCUGUGUGGCUGGGGUUGAAGAAUGGCCUCUCUGGACCUGCCUUACCGCUGUCCGCGUUGUGGGGAACACAAGCGUUUCCAGAGCCUGUCUUCUCUACGGGCUCACCUGGAGUACAACCACACGUAUGAAACUCUCUACAUCUUGUCUAAGACAAACAGCAUCUGCGAUGCCACCAUCUUCCCCCUGGCGAGCGACGCCAGCCUCUUGAGCCCAGCCCCCCGCCGGGACAUCUUCGAAAGCACCUCCUUUCAGGGCAAAGAGCAGCACAUCACUUGCGACCUCCUCACGGCCGAAGAGCUGGAGUCCUCCUCUUCUCCCGUGUCGUCCCGCUACUUCCACCAGAUCGAGAUCCCUCUGACGGACCUCUUCACCCGCAAAGCCAUGACUUCCUCCGCCGCGCCUCCGGCGACCGCCGCCGCAGCAGCAGCGACAGUAGCCGCGGUGGACGCAGCUUACGAAGAAGGUUUAACCCGUUUGAAGAUCCGGGCUUUUGAGAAGCUGGAAGUAGACAAACGCUUGGAGAAGUUCACGGAAGAAGUGGAGCAGAAGAUCGCCUCCCAAGUGGGCCGGCUCCAGGUGGAAUUAGACCGCAAGACCACCGAGCUGGAGAAAGCCAAGCAAGAGAGCCUCAAACUCAGCCGCGAGAAACAAGAACUUGAGGACCGGGCGGUAGAGCUCUCCCGCCAGGUGGAUGUCAGCGUGGAGAUGUUGGCGUCCCUCAAGCAAGAUCUUGUCCUGAAGGAGCAGGAGUUGACCCGCAAGCAACAGGAGGUCAUCCAGAUCGACCAGUUCCUGAAGGAGACAGCCGUCCGCGAAGCCAACGCCAAAGUCCGUCUGCAGCAGUUCAUUGAGGAGCUGCUGGACCGAGCGGACCGAGCCGAGAAGCAGCUUCAGAUCAUCAGCAGCAGUUGUGGAACCACCCCGAAUUGUAGUUUGGGAAGAUGUAGUAUGCCGGGAUCCAAAAACACCAGCCGAGACGUAGCUAAUGAAGCCAAUCUCCUAAAGGGGGAGAGAGACAAGCAUCCGAUGGCUGACGCAACCCCACACAGCUCCUACACCGUGUCGAAUCAGAGAUCAUCGUCCAGCACCGGAGCCUCCAGCUGUGCCAAGGCUGUCUCCCAGAGUUCGGGCUGCUACGACAGCGACAGCCCCGAAGCCUAUCAUGGGGGUGAGAACAGCAACGGACCCUCCUAUCAGUCUCGGGGUUCGGAGAGCGGCUUUGACCGGCCCGCUGGGGUGCGCAGCUCGGCUUUGCGCAGACAGGCGAUUCAGAAUUGGCACCGCCGGCCGUACCGGAACAGCACCGAGGGUGAGGAAGGCGACAUCUCCGACAUUGGAUCCCGGACCACCGAGUCGGAGGCCGAAAUGUGGGAUCCGGAACCCAGGGUGCCCGCUGAAGUCCAGCAGGUGAAUUUCUCCAGGCCAGGACACAAUUCCAGGAUGGCAGCCAGGUCCGAUGCUGGAAAGGGGGGACGGUCCGAGAAGGGACACAACUCCCGUUCCAACGAGGUCAUCAGCCCGGAGAUCUUGAAAAUGCGGGCCGCCCUUUUCUGCAUUUUCACGUACCUCGACACCAAGACCCUGCUCAGGGCGGCGGAAGUCUGCAAGGACUGGAAAUUUGUGGCCCGACAUCCCGCCGUGUGGACCAGGGUGUUGCUGGAAAACGCCAGAGUCUCCUCAAAGUUCCUGGUCAUGCUGUCACAAUGGUGCACCCAGACCCACUCGCUCACCCUCCAAAAUCUCAAGCCCAGGCAAAGAGGGAAGAAAGAGACGAAGGAGGAUUACAUGAAAAGCACACGGGGCUGCCUCGAAGCAGGACUGGAGUCCUUACUCAAAGCUUCCGGGAGUAACCUCUUGAUCCUACGGGUUUCCCACUGCCCCAACAUUUUGACGGACCGCUCCCUCUGGCUGGCCAGCUGCUACUGCCGAGCUCUCCAAGCUGUCACCUACCGGAGCGCCACCGAUCCUGUGGGCCACGAAGUCAUCUGGGCCUUGGGAGCAGGUUGCAGAGAUAUCAUCUCUCUUCAGGUGGCACCCCUUCAUCCGUGCCAGCAACCCACCAGGUUUAGCAACCGCUGCCUGCAGAUGAUUGGGCGUUGCUGGCCACACUUGAGAGCGCUGGGUGUCGGAGGAGCCGGCUGCGGCCUGCAGGGACUGGCUUCCUUAGCCCGGAACUGCAUGCGUCUUCAGGUGCUGGAGCUGGACCACGUGACGGAGGUCAACCAGGAGGUGGCGGCCGAAGUGUGUCGGGAAGGCUUGAAAGGCCUGGAGAUGCUGGUCCUCACGUCCACCCCGGUGACCCCCAAAGCCUUACUGCACUUCAACAGUGUUUGCCGGAACCUGAAAUCCAUUGUGGUCCAAGUUGGGAUUGCCGAUUACUUUAAGGAACCAAAUAGUUCAGAGGCCAAGAAAAUGUUUGAUGAAAUGAUCAACAAACUCCAGGCGUUGAAGAAACGGCCAGGCUUCUCAAAGAUUUUACACAUUAAGGUGGAAUCCGGUUGCUAACCUUGGCGAGGGACUGCCCGACCGACCGUCGCGUACACCUUCUGCACAUCGUCCGUUUUGAAAGACUGUCCGGGAUUCCCAACCGACAGCCUCGCCCUCUUCGGUGGCUGUGAACCGGCGACCUUGGCAGGCCACCAAGCCCAGCCGAGGCCUCCUCAUUUUGGAGCAGGUCUUGAGUUCCGGAAGAGACGGGCGGAGGAGCCGAGGAACAUCAGAGACAUUGGUGCUACCCAGACUGUGCAGGAGAAACAGCCUCUCGUCUCCCUUACUUUCGCUCGCUCGCUUUUCUCGCAGAGGCAGCUGUGCCACCCUCUGCGUUCAACGGCUGCGUCGUUUUCGUUGUCCUCUCUCUCAUCUAAAUCUCGGGGGGGGGUUGUGCAGGAAGGCCAAGGGUCGUGCCGAAAAAGAGGUUUUGUAGUUCCUCACUGGGCCCUCCGGCCUUGGAUGGAGCCGUGGUUUCCUGCUACCCGAGAACGCAAAACUCAGCCGCUGCGGGGCCUCUGUCCUCUUGCUUGCUUUUUUUUUCCAACUGGCAUUUAUUUUGGAUUAUUUUUUUUUUUUAAAAAAAAGAUUUUAAGGAUGGGUGAGUUUCUUGUACGAUGUAAAGGAACCCAGAUCUUAACAUUGUCACACUUUUUUUUUUUUUUUUUGGUUUUGUGGAAAGGCUAAAGCAGCAUGAAGCAGAAUUUCUCCACUCAAACACCUGGACAGGUAGAAUAGCGUUCUCCGCAGCCUGGAAAUGUCUUGUGGACUGCGGCUUAACGGAAUCCAUAUUUUUCCAUCUCCAAAGCGAACGUUCACACACACGCUCCUCUCCUCUUUCGAGCCAGGUUGCUUAAUCCUCAUCCUGUCCAGGGUGUUUAAAAAAAAAAAAAAAGCCUUUUGUCAGCGUUUGGGCGGCCUUGUCUUUGCUAUCGGUCUCUCAUCUUUUCUGAUAGACUGGAAUAAAUCGGUUCCUCUCCUGGAUGGCAGCUCCAGCAUGGAACCCCUGAAAUUUGAGACAAGAGCUGGUGGGGGGGUUAGGGUUAGAAAAAUGGUCUGCUUGAAUGUAGACCUCUCUCUUGAGUAAGGCUGGCUUUGUAAAGAGACACAAGAUCCACCAACUUUCUUUCUUUCUUUCUUUCUUUCUUUCUUUCUUUCUUUCUUUCUUUCUUUCUUUCUUUUCUUAAUUUUU